AUGAGUCGAGGAGGUGCAACUGCUCCGAAGGGCAAGAAGAAGGGUGUGACAUUCACCAUUGACUGCGCGAAGCCAGUGGAGGACAAGAUCAUGGACAUUGCGUCUCUCGAGAAGUUCCUUCAAGAGAGGAUUAAGGUUGCUGGCAAGGCCGGUGCCCUCGGUGACACCGUAGCCGUAACACGCGAGAAGACCAAGAUCAUUGUUACGUCCGACAGUAACUUUUCCAAACGGUACCUCAAGUACUUGACGAAGAAGUAUUUGAAGAAGCACAAUGUUCGUGACUGGCUCAGAGUGAUCGCUUCUAACAAAGAUAGAAGCAUUUAUGAACUUAGGUACUUCAACAUUGCUGAGAAUGAAGGAGAGGAAGAAGAUUAG